CAAGGUAUAAAUAUGAACUAGCUUUAUUUUUCCAAUAACUGCUCAGAUAUUCAUUUUGUUGACACCAUCUUUCCCGCUGGAUAGCAAACUCCCUUAACGAUGUCUCCACGGAGGUCCCUAACUUUUCUCUCCCUUGCAGUUAUUAAGACAGAUUCAUUUUGGUUGCUAAGGCUCAACCGAUCCAUCUUGGAACGCCAACCACGUUUAACUAAGUCCCCGGGAGCGCCCUCUACAGGCCACUGGGGGCGGUGCUGCCGGCUCUCUGCACCUCCGCCGUGCCCUCCCCCUCUACUGCCUCUGCCAACCACUACCAGCUGCCAACUUCCGGAUAUCUUCCUCUCAACCUCCACCCUUGUCACUUCAUCUGAAAAGCUGGCAUCAAACCGGUUGCCGCCUCCUGCACCAGUGGCCAUCAUCUCAGAGGAUGACUUUCGUCAUACCUCCAAUUCCACCUACAGAACUGCAAGCAGCUCCCUCCGAGCUGACCAAGAAGCACUGCUUGAGAAGCUGCUGGACCACCCGCCACCCAGCCUGCAGAGGCCCGAGGACCGCUACAACGGUACCUAUAUCAUCUUCUUCAGCUUGGGCAUCGGCGGCCUACUGCCAUGGAACUUCUUUGUCACGGCCCAGGAGUACUGGAUAUUCAAACUCAACAACUGCUCCAGCCCAGCCACUGGGGAGGAGCCUAAGGGCUCCGACAUCCUGAACUACUUUGAGAGCUACCUGGCCAUCGCCUCCACUGUGCCUUCUGUGCUGUGCCUCGUGCUGAACUUCCUGCUUGUCAACAGGGUUCCGAUCCGUGUCCGCGUGCUAGCCUCGCUGACAGUCAUGCUGGCCAUCUUCAUGGUGAUGACCGUGCUGGUGAAGGUGGAUACCUCCUCCUGGACCCACAGCUUCUUCACCAUCACCAUCGUCUGCAUGGUGAUCCUCAGCGGCACUGCCACCAUCUUCAAUAGCAGCGUCUUCGGCAUGACUGGCUCCUUCCCCAUGAGGAAUUCCCAGGCUCUGAUAUCAGGAGGAGCCAUGGGGGGCACCGUCAGCGCCGUGGCCUCACUGGUGGACCUGGCGGUGGCCAGUGACGUGACAGACAGCACCCUGGCCUUCUUCCUAACAGCGGACAUCUUCCUGGCGCUCUGCAUCGGGCUCUACCUGCUGCUGCCGCGGCUGGACUACGCCAGGUACUACAUGAAACCUGUGUGGCCAACCGUGUUUUCUGGUGAAGAGCAGCUGCCCCAGGACUCCCCCAACCCCACUUCGGUGGCCCCAGGAUCCAGUGACCCCCAGACACCACCCCUUGGCCCCAUCCUGAAGAAGACCACUGGCCUGGGCUUCUGUAUCGUCUAUCUCUUCUUCAUCAGCAGCCUCAUCUUCCCCGCCAUCUGCACUAACAUUGAAUCCCUCAGCAAGGGCUCAGGCUCGCCGUGGAGCACCAAGUUCUUCGUCCCCCUCACCACCUUCCUCCUGUACAACUUUGCCGACCUGUGUGGCCGGCAGAUCACAGCCUGGAUCCAGGUGCCAGGGCCCAGAAGCAAGGUGCUCCCUGGGCUCGUGCUCCUCCGGACCUGCCUUGUCCCCCUUUUUGUGUUCUGCAACUACCAGCCCCGCGUCCACCUGCACACGGUGGCCUUCCAGUCUGACGUGUACCCAGUGCUUUUCACCUCACUGUUGGGGCUCAGCAACGGCUACCUCAGUACUCUGGCUCUCAUCUACGGGCCCAAGAUCGUGCCCCGGGAGCUGGCUGAGGCCACCGGGGUGGUGAUGACCUUUUACGUGUGCCUGGGCCUGGUGCUCGGCUCUGCCUGCUCUGCCCUGCUUGUGCACCUCAUCUAGGAAGGGCGAUGACUGGACUUCAGUGCUGCAUGGUGACUGGGAGCUUCAGCAAGAGGGGCAGGAAGUGCCAGAAGGGCCCAGGUGGCUAGCAGGAGGGGCUGGAGUUGGUCUCUGCAGAGCGCAGCAUGCACCCGGGCCUGGUUGCUCCCAGGGAGCUGGGACCAGUGCCAUUCCCAGGCCAGGCAAACAUUCCAAACACUUCAACAGACAUCCUGAGACAUUUCAGGACCAAAGACACCUGAAUAAGACACAGUUACCAGUUACACAGUCAGAAAACUCCUUGCCAAUGGGCAUAUUCCUCCUGUCAUUAUUCCCUCUUGGGAACUGUGUUGCCAGUAUUUGGCUCUGAGUUGUUAGAGGGCGAGUGCCAAGACCGUCUCUAGUCACUUUGCCUUCUCCCAGCCUUGCUCCUUCUAGCUGAUGGCAAGAUGUGAGACUCCUUAGCCCUCCUACCGAGGGGAAGUCCCCCUGGGAUGGCCAGUCCUCAGGCCUAAGACCCAAGCCUGUGCAGACCCCCUGUUCCACUAACCAGACCGCAACCCCAGGAAGACAGGUCUUCUAGGAGCCCUUCAUUCCCUGGACGUGGGCUCCAGAGGGCCUCCCUGUGUACACGGGACCAAGCAUGUCAGGCCUGGAUUUCAAACAAUGAUCCUUCAAAUGGUCUGUGGCCUGGGUCAGGACAGGUUUUAUGUCCAUGUUUACAAAAUGUCAAGGCCAUUGGUUCAAGGUCCUAAUAAAUACCUGGGUAUUUAAUGAAAGCCUUAUUGAUGGCUGUUUUAGGGUCUUGGUAGGAAAUAGUAUACUCAAAUUGAGUAAUUUAAGAAUAUUUGAAGAGUGGAUAUAGGAACCCUAAGGGGUUAUGCAUUAUAUCCCAAAAGUAGUAAGGUGGUUCUAUUCCAGGCCUGAAGGGAGAGACACGCCCAGCCUGCUGUAGCCCACAGGAUGUAUCCCUCCCUGCCAUCCCUCUAUAGCAGAGAAUCAGGUGGAGAAUGGAGAGUGGAUUGGAGGGGCAAAUGUCCAGAGGGAGCCACCAGACCCUUCACUUGCAUGAGUUGCUUUAUUACGAGCAUCAGUAGAGCUCUGAAGCCUUGUCAACAGAAUUAGAUGUUCCUUUGUCCUGGCUUGUUCUGAGUAGUUGUGUGUUUCGAAGUUGUUGUUUCCAAAGGCAGUGCUCAUGUUCUGAGGCCCCUACAUGCUUGUGAUCACCUGACAUGAGUAAUAAUUUGUACUUUUUCAGGUUCCUUGAAGGCUCCCACAAGGCUGUUUCUUGGGAGAGCAGGCUGAUGUGGGAAUCGGAGAAAGGGACUAGAUCAAGCAGGAAUUCUUUCUCAAGAAUCGUCCUGGAAACACAGAGCUUGCCUCCAAGAAGUGGCAACCCUGAGAGACAUAAAUCAAGGAGCCCCUGCUCUGCAGAGUGCCUGAUCUGAGAUGUCCUGCAGACAGCUGAUUAAACCAGGAAGCAGCCAGUAAUCCACCCAAUGGCAGCAGAUUAUGUUCCCCACCGACUCAGGCUAGUGCACACUCCUUUUCUUUCACCAGAGAUUGAAAAGGACACCCUUGAAAGGUUUUCUGAAACCUGAUACUUGAAAAAAAAAAAAUUUUUUUUUUAAUUUUAAAAAUAAAUUAUCCCAUCUCCCCUGCCCUAACAGGAAGCUGAAAUCUCCCCCUUGGUUUUUUUCACUGCCUUCAGUGCUGUUGAUUAUUUGGGGCAUCUGUCUGGCAGGUGACUCCUCUCAACCUCAGGUAUCUUAUAAAUGGGCAGCAUGUCUGUGUGAAGGUAAAACGGCAGUCUCUGAGCUCGGAGCUGGGGCCCACCUGGAGGUAACAGAGGAGUGAGGGUCUCGCGUGCUCUGUUGAAGAGGGGUCGCUUUCCUCUGCUAGUGAGAUGAUUGGAGAUUGGCGUGAAGUGAGAGGGGCAGGAGGGCGGCCAGCCGUGUCGGUGCAGCGCUGUGGGAACUGAGAUGAUGGACUCUAUCAGUGCCAGAGCCAGCACCGCUGCUAGAGGCAGGGCCGGCUGCUUGGCUGGUGGGAAGAGUAUUCAGGUUUUUGCCCACUCUUCUUUGUUGCUCACUUUAGUGGGCAUUUUGCAAAGGAUCGUUUCUUCUCAGGAAGGGAGGAAGGAAAAUAAAAACACAUCUCCAAGUAGAGGGGCAGACCGUGGAGUUCAGGCACCCUUGUCCCCAGGUUCCUGUAACAACCGCUUAUGGGGCUUGGCUGCUCUGGGUCUCAAGUCUCAUGUGACCCCAGCAGGCUUGUGGAACUAGCUCACAUGUUCUGGGUGUGAACAAAACUUGCUAAAGAGAAGGGAAUUUUUCAGUGACAGAGGUGGAGAGGGAAACCUGAGACGUUGCCUUUGUCUAAUAGUUCUCUCAUUCAAUCCCAAGUGGCAGUUUUUAGCACAUGCCCUUGUGUAUUUCCAGACAUUGUCAUUUUCCUCCUUUCAUUCAAAAAAGAAAGCCAGAGGCAGUCAAACGACUGACUGUUUAACUAGUGGGUGACCAGUUCCUGCACCCAUGAGGACAUGAGGAGGCUGGAAUCAAGGGUGGAUUUUAUUAACAAAGACCCCCAUUCUGCUGUCUUCAGCCCAGUGCUGCCAAGGAGAUUUGGGGCCUUCUAAUUAGCUUGGACAUGCCACGGGGUGGGGUGGAGGGGUCACUGCAGGACCUCAGCUUCUGAGACUGUGGAAUGCUUUAACAGAGAACACCAACUAAUAGAGGGAAGGCCAAAAGUCAGUUGAAAGAAGAUUUUAUUCCACUGGAGGUUAAAUUUAAAUAAAAGAUGUUCAUCUUU